AUGCAACCUCCGGCGGUCUUGCCAAGUUCCAUCGUGGUUCCGGAUAUCAUAUUGAGGAUUUCAUCCUAUCUGUGGUACUACUGCCAAAACGCUGUCAAUGCAAUUCCAGGGAGCCAUUUUGUGGUGGACUAUGUUAAGAGGUCGCACCAGCACGAUCCCUAUCGCACGAUUGUGGAAGUAUUUCUGAUCAUCUACGGAAUUGUCUAUUUUUUGAGGAAACCUCGCAAACAGGGAUUCCAAGAUGGGCCCAAACUGUCCAAUAAGGAGGUUGAGGCGCUCCUCGAUGAAUGGCAACCUGAGCCACUCGCAAAUGACGCGUCCAAAGUCGAGUGGCGCACUCAAAAAAUCGCCGUUGUGCAGAGUUCGACCUCAAGUUCCCAUGUUGAUGUGGUACGUGACGAUGGUAAAGAGCGGUUCACGAGUGUGUUGAAUUGCUCGUCGUACAACUUUCUACAACUUUCUGCGGAGCCUAGCGUUGCCAAGGUCGCCAAAGACACAGUUCGCCGGUACGGUGUCGGUGCGUGUGGUCCUGCCGGCUUCUACGGUAACCAAGACGUUCAUACCCAUCUCGAAUAUGAUUUAGCUCGAUUCUUCGGCACAGAAAACGCAGUUUUGUAUGGCCAGGACUUUUGCAUAGCGGCUUCCGUGAUCCCUGCUUUUACUAAGCGUGGCGACGUUAUUGUUGCCGACAACAGAUGCAGCGUUGCGAUACAAAACGCUCUUCAGUUGAGCCGUUCCACCGUUUAUUACUUCGAACACAAUGACAUGGAGGCUCUGGAGGAACUUCUGCAACAACUUCAAGAACGGGAACUCAAAGAUAGCCUGCCUGUGCUUCCUCGAAAAUUCAUUGUCACGGAGGGCUUGUUUCACAAUUUGGGUGAUAUCCCACCGCUUCCAAAACUGGUGGAGUUGAAGCACAGAUACAAAUAUAGACUUCUGGUUGAUGAAACCUUUUCUUUGGGUGUGUUGGGCAGUACUGGUCGCGGUAUAACGGAAUAUUUCAACAUGCCACGCAAGGAAAGCGUGGAUAUUACGGUUGGCUCUCUAGCCACUGCAUUAGGCUCGUCAGGCGGUUUUGCACUAGGAGACAACGUUAUGUCCUUGCAUCAAAGAAUCGGGUCACACGCAUACACAUUCUCUGCCUCCCUGCCCUCAUUUGCGGUCACUACUGCAUCAGAAGUGUUAAAACUACUAGAAAAGGAUAGAACAACGGUCGAAAGACUUCACAUUAUAUCUCAGAAGCUGCACAACUUUUUUGUCGGGGACAAGGAGCUCAAAAGUUACAUCGACAUUCUGUCGGACAAAGAUUCAAGCGUGCUUCAUCUCACCCUAAAGGAGGAUAUUAGAAAUGAGUUUUUUGGUUACACUGAGGACUCGUUGUUUGAUGAAAUGUCGGCAAUGCACAACAAAUACUUAUCGGAAAAAUACGUUGAGAACUACGAAGUUGAGGAAAAGUUUUUGCAACAAAUUGUGGACAUCGCAUUGGUAGAAUUUGGCGUCCUCAUCUCCCGUAAUACUUUUGUUCUGAAGCACGAAACGUUGCCAAUUACACCAGGCUUAAAAAUAUGUUGUGGCGCCAAGAUGAAUGACCAGGAGCUUUCGCUUGUGUGCGAAAGUGUGAAGACUGCUAUUCUGAAAACUCUAAAGGUAUGA